GAUUAUAUUCCACUGGAAAUUAUGGUCAUUGUUAAAGUGAAACAGCCAAAAGUGAUCAUGUUCGAUAUAUCGGGCACUGUUGCACGAGAAUCAUUUGUUGAAAAAAUUUUACAACCAUAUUUUAAGAUUGCCUAUCAGGUUUAUAUGGAUAAUGCAUGGAAUAAACAAGAAUGGCAAGACUGUCUACGACAAUUGUCCAUUGUGGCUGAACGUGAUAUGAAAGCACCGAAAAUUGAAUUGACCAAAGAAAAAUCGGAUAUAAUCAAAGAGGCAACAAAAUAUAUUGAAUAUUGUUUGGAAAAUAAUCAUGAACCAAAAGCAUUUGUUAUGUUUAGAUUUUUAGUAUGGUUUGAUGGUUAUGAACGGAAUAAAAUUAAAACGCCCGUUUAUUCAGAUGUGGCAGUCACAAUGAAACGAUGGAAAAUGGAUCAAAAUAUCAGACUUUAUGUGUUGUCUAAUGGUUGGAAAGAGGCUAGUAAAAAAUUCAUGUCCGAUACAUCACAUGGUGAUUUGAAUGCCAUUAUUGAUGGUCAUUUUGAUAAUUCACUUGGUUCAUUGGAAAAUGUUGAAACAUAUAUUAAAGUGGCUAAUUUGAUACAGGAAAAACCUGGUGGUGAUCAAAUAUUAUUUCUAACAAAAUCACCACAAGAAGGUAAAGCAGCACAAAAUGCCGGUUUCAAUGUAAUAUUAGUAUUGACACGAACACAUGCCGUUGAUGAAGCAAUGGAAAUUUGUCAAGAUAUACCGAUUGCAAGAUCAUUUACCGAUAUUGAAUUUAUUUAAUUAAUGUAAUAAUUCCAUACAACAACCUCAACAAC